AUGACGACUCACAUAGCAAAUAAGACUUCUUUACCAACCCGAGAGCGUAUUAUUGCUUUUUGGGCGGAAGGUGAGAGCAAUAACAAUAUUGCUACACGUUUUGGCAUAACCAGGCAUACGGUAUCGAAUAUUGUGGGAAACAUGAUGGAAAGAGGCCAUUUACUAGAUAUAAAACCAGGAGGGAAACCUAGAGAGAUAGCCAAACCGAACGUAGUAGAACACAUCGAAUUUGAAAAGCUAUCAAAACCAAGCACAUCUGCCGUCGAAAUACAAGCGGCCUUGCUAAACGAUGGG